AUGGAGUACCACCACCUGACGCCGGCGAGCCUGGCGCCGCAGCAGCAGCCGCAGUGGGGCUACGGCUGGCCGCCCCCCCCGCCGGCCGGCGCCCCCCAACCCCCCACCGAGAUGAGGCCAGAGAUGAGAGGAGAGAUGAGACCAGAGAUGAGAGGAGAGAUGAGGACGGAGAUGAGAGGAGAGAUGAGGACGGAGAGGAAACGAGUGCACUCCGAGAGUGAAGAUGAUGCCUUCAGUGAGGAGUCAAGCAAGGAUGCCACGUCCCCCGGCGGCGACUCCUGCCAGCUGCUGACGCGCAAGCGGCGGCGCGGCGUGAUCGAGAAGAAGCGCCGGGACCGCAUCAACACCAGCCUCACGGAGCUCAAGCGCCUGGUCCCCGCCGCCUGCGAGAAGCAAGGGUCGUCCAAGCUGGAGAAGGCGGAGAUACUCCAGCUGACUGUCGACCAUUUGAAGAUGAUUCAUGCUAAAGGUCUGGACACGUUCGCGUACGACCCCCAGCGGUACGCCAUGGAUUACCACAGCAUCGGGUUCCGCGAGUGCGCGGCGGAAGUGGCGCGCUACCUGGUCUCCUGCGAGGGGCUGGACAUCCAGGACCCGCUCCGUCUUCGCCUCAUGAGCCACCUGCAGUGCUUCGCGGCGCAGAGAGAGCUGGCUAGUAAAUCCAACUGGGGGUACCCGCAGUACCCCGCCGCGCCUGUUGCUUCACAAACCCAUGGCUACCCGGAUGUGAGGCAGGACCCGGCUACGUCCACAGCUUCAACAACCGUGGCGACUCCAACGGCUGUGGCGGCGCCGUUAUCAGCUCCUCCAUCGUAUGCGCACUAUCCACCAGCGCCUCCCGCCCCGCCCGCGCCCCCCGCGCACCCCGCCGGCCCGCACUACCCUGCGCCCUACCCACACCACCCCACGCAUCAUCAGUACUCACAGAACAGCUCCAAGCCCUACAGACCCUGGGGCGCCGAGCUCGCGUAUUGAGGGGAAAGGGUGGUUGGUGAAGUCUUGUGGUCUUGGCAAAGCUGGUGAUGAAGCUUUUGAAAACAUGGAGACGAUGGUCGUUUAAAAUGGAUCCAGAGGGUCAUUCUUUCUUGAUGAAAUACUGCUACUGCGACAACCGCAACUCUAUCCUGAUACAUUAAACGUACCGAUGGCAUUUCAUUUUCGAACUGUCGUAAACUUCGUAUUUCGAUAAUCGAAAGAAGCCCCCUUCUUCUUCUAACAAUCACUUUCAAAAUGGUCUAACGAUAUACCCAAUAUUGUACCGAAAAUACCACCAUGAUGCUUAAUAUGAAGCUGCCUUUCUUAUUAAUUAAACAGAUUCUAUAACUUCUAACAAGCUUUAUUAAGAGCCCAAGACAAAAGCUGUUGUGAUAUAUCUCAAAGUUUUGAUAUGAAAUAAGUUCUUAUAAAUCAGAUAACCACAUUAUUUAGAAGACUGAGGGUAGAAUUCACCACUCACUAGACCUAAAUGCCUAUUGUAACGUAACUUAAUAAACCUGGGAGUAACCCACUUGUAAUAAUUAUCAGAAAGUUAUUAUUAGGUACUUAUUAGAGAGUGGUGAACUCUGUCCUGUAUAUUUAAUUACUCUGUUGAAACAGUUAGAUAGCGAAUUUAUGAUGAAGAUAUUAUAAUAAGUUGUGUGAUUGAAAAGUUUAAUAUUAAGUUUUGAUAUUCUGUAUGAUCAAAGAAAAUAUUUUUGCUAAGAUUGUGACGUGUGGUCUUUGCCUUAACUUUACGGCAGAAAAUAUUAUGAAAAGGUCUUGAAUUUAUGUAAAUAUUUAUCUACGUAUGGAUUGAAUUAUAUAUUAUUGUAGUCACUAAAAUUAAGGACCAAAAUAUAAGCUUUAAAAUGAUGUCAAUUGUAAUAUAGUUUUAACUAAAUUGAUCUACAACUGCCUAAGCAAAUGGUUGUGAGAAUAAUCAGUCCUUUAAAUAUCUACUAUUUUAUACUACCUACUACAUUUGUAUAUAUUAUGAUUGUAAAUAGUGAGAUUAAUAAAUU